AUGCGACAAGUAUGGCAAAGGGAACAAGAUGCUGCUGUUACCAAUCCUAUGUUGCAACCCAAAAGGGUGACCAUGCACAUCGUCGCUGACCCAAACAAUGACCCACGGCGAUAUAAUCAACCAGCUGCUCAUGUGAACGAGGUAGCAGUUGUCUUUGUUGGUGAAGAUCGUCUACCACCAGGGAACCUCGAUCUGGUUAUCUAUGACUCAAACCCAGCUGACCCAAAUCACCGGAUGCAAAGCAUAUCAGCUGGCUCACCUCAUGCAGAUCCAAUGCUGUAUCCAUUGCUCUUCCCACAUGGAGAAACCGGCUGGCAUUACAACCUGCAACAAGAGGGCGUCCGCCGGAACGCAGUGCGUGUUCGAAACUCUCCCAAAGAGUUUGCUUCUUUUCGCCUGGCUAUCAGAUACACCGGGACCAAUAGCAAUGGGAAUGAAGGUCAUACAUUUAGUUUAUUACAUGCAGCUGGUUUUUUAUUUCAGCAGUACAUAUGUGAUCAGUAUGUUCGCAUGGAAGCGAACAAUCUACGUUACAUCCGAGAUAACCAGAAAGCACUCUUUGCUGAUGCCUAUCAAAGCCUUCUGGAUCAUAUUAACCAACAGUUCCAUCUAGACGAAAUCAAUCCAGUCGGCCGCAGGACAAUUUUGCCUUCGACGUUUCUAGGUGGCCCACGGUACAUGAAACAAUGUUACCACGACGCAAUGUCCAUUGUGCGUAAGUACGGAAAGCCUGACUUAUUUAUAACAUUUACGUGUAACCCUAGGUGGCCAGAGAUAGUAGAUAACAUUCCAUAUUGGUUGAACGCAACUGACAGGCCUGAUUUGGUGGCAAGGGUGUUUCAUGCAAAACUGAAGGAGCUAAUGCGUGACAUUACGGUCAAUAAAGUGUUUGGUAAUGUAGAUGCUUAUGUUUACACCAUUGAGUUUCAGAAACGUGGUCUUCCACAUGCACAUAUACUCAUCAUCUUGGAUGAGGACAGCAAGUUACUUAUUGCCGAUGACGUCGACAAUGUAGUGUGUGCCUACUUGCCUGACCCUGCAUCCGAAAGGCGCCUACUUGACAGUGUGAAAUCGCACAUGAUUCAUGGUCCAUGUGGACCACUCAAUCACAACAGUCCAUGUAUGUUGGACAAUAGUUGUACAAAGAAAUAUCCCAAAGAAUACAUCGAGGAGACUGUAUACAUUUCUGAUGGUGGUUACCCGACUUAUCGUAGACCAAACAAUGGACUUGUGGUCAACAUCAGAGGCCAUCCUGUCAGCAAUGAGUUUGUUGUCCCGUAUAACCCCUACUUGCUGGUCAAGUAUGAUGCACACAUAAAUGUUGAGGUGUGCUCUACCGUGAAGAGCGUAAUGUAUUUGUAUAAAUACGUCUACAAGGGCCAUGACGCAGCUACCUUGGAAGUUUGGAAUGGAGAUUAA